GCCGGUGACAGGGGGCGGGCGCGGUGGUUGCAAGGGGCGAAUAGAGCGGGGGUCUGGAAUUUGCACCAGCUACAGAAGCACAUACUCAGCCACCGGAACAAGAAAGUACAAGAAACAGACUUAACCUACUCGAUUAGUGCUUCCGCCAAUCAUGGCCUCUCGAAUUGGUCUCCGCAUGCAAUUAAUGAGGGAGCAGGCACAGCAGGAGGAGCAGCGUGAGCGAGUCCAGCAGCAACACCAGCAACAUUUUCUACAGCAGCAUCACAUUGUGCCUGUUACUGCUUCCCCUGCAAUUAGCACGCCAGCUUCUUUUCAAGCACCUCCACCUGUCCCCGUGGAAGUCCUUGAGGUCCAAACACACCUAGAGAAUCCAACUAUAUAUCAUUUGCAACAGUCUAGGGAUAAAAAAGUCCGUGAUUAUCUGUCUGAUACCUAUGGAAACAAGUUUGCUGCCCACCUCAACCCACUUAGGCUUUCCCCAAAGCCACCACCUGCACCCGCAUCUCCUGCUCAUCGAGCAGCAAGACUUUCUUCUUCUGCAGGCAACAGUGCACCCAACAGUCCUAUGGCCAGAAUGAAUUUGUGCUCCAAUGUAGAGAUGGAUGAUGUAAUCGAUAACAUCAUGAGCCUUGAUGACAUGUUUGGAUACCCAGAACCUGCAAUCUCCAUGCCAAACACGCUGCCAUUUUCCAGUAGCCAUUUAGGACUUUACAGUGACAAUCCUCGUCUCAGUGAUACUGUUGUUGGUGUCACCAGCAACUCAUGCCCUGCAGAUCUUGCUAUUAAAAGAGAACUGACAGAUGCAGAAAAUCGUGCUUUGGUACGGGAACGUCAGAAAAAAGAUACCCACAACAUGAUUGAACGGAGGCGCAGGUUUAAUAUCAAUGAUCGGAUUAAGGAGCUGGGGACUUUGAUUCCAAAAACAAAUGAACUCAGUGACACACGAUGGAAUAAGGGGACAAUACUAAGGGCCUCGGUGGAUUACAUCAAACACAUGCAGAAAGAACAGCAGAAAUCUCGAGAGCUGGAGACACACUCCAGGCAGCUGGAACUAGCAAAUAAGCAGCUUUUGCUUCGAAUCCAGGAGCUGGAGAGGCAGGCUCAAAUGCAUGGCCUUCCUGCAUCCUCACCUCAUGGUCUGAGCCCAGCUGACCACAUGAAGCAGGAGUCUAACUCUAUUCCAUCGAUACAGCAACAACUUGUAGCCACCUCGCAAGCAUCCUUUCAAAUGGACUACCCUGCUCCACUCGGCUACCAAAGCAAUACUUCUGUAGACACAUCCUUUCCUUCACUCUCCAGGACAGAGCUGGACCUCAUGCUAAUGGAGGAUACCAUGCUCACAUCUGACCCUCUAAUGGCUUGUGACCCAGUUAUGUCCACACUUUCUCCCGAUACCUCUAAGGCCAGCAGUCGGCGAAGCAGUUUUAGUAUAGAUGAGGUGGAUGGGCUGUGACCCCUUGGAAUGCAGGAAUUGGACCCCCUUUUUGAAAUAUUGACAUAUAGGGGCUGUGACCAUGCAAAUGGCUGGGAGCCAGGAAUCACACUGCAUUUUCUGUUGGACAGAUACAAAUGGCUCUUCACAGUGAUCUCUGUGCACUGAAUAAUAUAAUAUUCAUACCACAGGUACACUGCAUCUUAACUAGCCACCAUAUUGGCAUAAUUAGACCUAUGCAAUAACAAGUUACUUAUCUUUACAUUGACACAAGUGUUCAAUAACUGUGCAACAUGGUUGACAUUUAAAUUUACAACAAAUAGGCACCAGUAAAGCACUUAAUACUGUGUUGAAGCAAUGGCACAUAAAUGUACAAAACUCUGUCACUGCCUCAGGGAUCGAAAUCUUGCAGAAGAUUUGCCAAGAACCUGAAGUGCCUUAUAUUGUCUACUGCACCAGCAGAACAAAAUAAGCAUGUAUUUGUCUGUCUAUCAGUAUGUAUGUAUAUUUAGUUAGCGUGGAAGCACUGUCAUCAAGUGGGCUAGAUAUAAUUAAACUCUACAAAAUAUUGGCACCAAUUUUUUUAGGUGUUUAGUCACAGCCAUAGUGUUUAACUCAGGACCCUGUAAAUUAAUGUUGGAUAUUAGAAAUUUAAUUUUUUAAUUAAAAAAGUGCCUGAAAUGCAAACCCCUGCUUGCAAUUUGCACUGGGGAUUAACAGUAUGGGGAGUAUUAGAGCUCAAAAGUCCUGCUGACCAAAAAGGUGUUUAGCUGCACAAAGUAGUCGAAUACAUAACUGGCGUAUCUUCCUGCAGUGAUAAAUAUGUAAAUUCCUUAACGCUUUCAUUACUGUCAAGAAGGAUUUUGUGGCAGUCAGAAAAAGUGUUGUGUAAAAGUGCUCAGACCGCUAGGAUUUUUAGUUAUAAUUUUAGUAAAUUUGCCCUAGUUUCUUGGUUUUCAGAAGCAAAGUGGAACAUAGCAACAGCCAUGUUUGUCCCUUCUAAAUUUAAUUGUGUGGGAAUUCUUAAAUUAUUCAAAACCCAGUUUACGUAAUCUCACAUUUAAUAUUGGUCACAAAAAAAGGUUGAGAAACAAUGCCUUAUGUUUAGUGUAACACAAUGUAUUCUUUGGAGCUGAUGCAAAACUAUAUGCAGAGAAAAUGUGACCUAGUACUUAGAGUAUGUAUGAUUUGACAAGAAUAGAAUUGUCCCUAUGCAUGCAGGGUGGAAAAGAAGAAUUAGUAUUUCCUCCCCUGGCCUUUUUCCCACCAGCUGAGGAAAUGCAGUGUAUGACAGCAGCCCUAAAGGAAAAUGUGGGGUGCAAAAUGUUAGGCACCCCCCAACGAUUGUAACCUCUUACCUGAUACCCCGGGCUGGUGCUCCUUUUAGCAGAAAACUGUACUGUGCCGAGUUACCUUGAGAGUGAGCGAUCCGCUUCCUCCCUUCUUCUUGCUUCAAAAUCCCGGGGCCAUGCACAGUUGAGUGAAGAAACCAUCUUUUUUUGUUAAAGUUCUGCUUUUCACUCUACUGCGCAAGCGCACCCAACAUGAAGGGAGCAGGAAGAAGAUCACUUAUACAGAAGUACCACAGGAUGGUGCACUUUUCUGCUAACAGGCACCUGCCCAGGGUAUAAGGUAAGUGAUUGCAAUCACUGAAAUUUAGCAACCCCCCUCCUAAUGAUUGAACGUUUCCCUUUUUCAAAUCUCCUACUAUUACAUUUUUUGGAUUUAAGUAAGUAUGUUUGUGUGUUCCUUGUAUUGUCUGUGUAUGUGAGAGAAGGAAACUGGUGCCAUUUGCCAAAAUGGACAUUGAGAUUGCAGCUUUAUUUUUUAUAUAUCCUGAAUCUGACAUGCAAAACUGGGAACUGCACCCUCGAAAAAACCCAUUGUCUGUUGAUCACAUUUUGUAUCUUAUCAAGCCAGCUUGCCCAGUCUUAGACCUGUACUCUAAAUCAGAUGCCAAGUGCCUUAUAGCCUGAACAGGACAGUAAAUAUUUCAGUGGGUUCUGAAUUUUUAUAGAUGUGAGAGCCUUCUCUUGAUUUAUUUUCUUUAUAAAAAGGCACUCGGGUACUUUUAAUAUUUAUGUUACAUUUUUUUUGCAUAAACAGAUUUCCUUUGAAAUAAAAUCUGUACUGUGCUCUAUGGUGCAUAUAAAUAAUUGUACAUUUAUCUUUUUCCUGUGGCCAUGCACCUUCCAGUUUUGUAUUGCAAUAAAGGGGUUAUUCACCUUUGUACAAUAUUCACACAUCUAACAGUUCACAUUAAUAAAACAAUCUUUGCUCUAUACAUAGUUAACAAAAAAUGUGUAUGCAGCUGAAGAGAUAUUCUCCUCAGAAUCACCCCUUUGCUGAUGCUUCACUUCUGUACAGAUCCUGUGGGGUGGGGGAGGGGGGCAGUGACCCCUAUAAACACUACAAUUGCUUUUUUACUUCCUUAUGUGGUGUCAACUGGUUAAAGAAGCCUGGACGUGAUGAUGUAAGCAUAUAGGAAGUUAUCAGUGUUCAAAAGGUUCAAAAUAGGCCACUCCCAUCCCUUCAGGACUGAUUUAACUGGUAUGAAAAGUAGCUUUUACGGUGGCCUUUGUAAUUUUUUGAAAGGAAAAUGGAUUUUCUAACACGCUGAGAGCAUUGUUGGGGGUUCAAUUAGAUUUAAACAUUGAAGGUGAACAACCCCUUUAACUGGUUCUUCACUUAUCCCCAAACAGAGAUGUGCACCUUAAAAUGACUGUAGAUUCUCACCGGUGAUUAAAGAGGAGUGAAAACCCUACUUAAGGAAAUUCAAUUAUAAAAAAUGUACUGAUGUAUAAAAUGUUCCCAAACCUUAACAGAACUAAUUGCUUGCUUUAGGUACUAAUGUUGCUAUCUGCUUUACUAUAAGUUACUGUUGCCUUUAAGAAUUACUGCCUUAUCUGUCUGGCUGAUAGUCCUAUGUAAUUAGUAUAAAAAUUCUCAUCUGUAAUAACAUCUUUGUUUCAGAUAUCCUGAGUUCUUUCAACCACAUGAGAUCUUUAGGGUUCAUAUGUAUAACAUUUAAACUUGGUAAGGGCAUUUAAUACAAAAAGUGCAGUAAUGUGCACCCAUCAUAGGUCAUUUGUAUUUAUGUUUCACAUAUGCCACGUGAAAGCAGAUCACUGAAUGGAAUAAAAAUAACACAGUUGCUCAGCACACUUCCCAAUAUAGGGUCCUUUAUAAUCCUUUAAGUAUCAUCUCCAGGUAAAUUGAUGGCAGAAAACUGACUAGCAUUUUCUAUAGUCAUUUGCUUUGGAUUUUUUUCCUUGUUUACAAAAAUAAAAAGCUUGCCAGGUUUUAGGUGGCAAGAUUUUUAUUUUUAGCAAAAUCCCACCUGUGAAUACAAUCAGGUUUUAUAGAACACGAUUGGGGGAAAAGCAAUCAGUUGCAGAGAAUGUGAGUCAGUACAGGAACUGACCUGCGUUUUGUUCAGAAGAAACUCCUCAGCUGACCAUAAACUGGCCCCUUACUAUUGUGUCCUAGAUAUUUUAUGCUGCUGCAUUUAGCACCUAGGACUGGCAUCUAGCAAAGCCUAAUUUAGUUGGUGAGUGUUUCCCUAAAUCACAGUCACCUUUCUUUUGGGGACCUACAAUACUGACACCGCAGUGUUAUUUCAAUUCCCAAAUUAGCAUAAACUGCUGGCCAAAACUUCCAGGGCUUGUUAUCCGAAACAUUUAGGCAAAAAAACCUGUGACAAGAGCCUUGCAUAUAAUUUAUCUGCGAGUUUCUCUAGAAAAGUCAAUUUGUAUUUCAAAGUUUAGUGCACUUUUAGUAAAUAUACAAGCAUCCAAAUAGUGUACAGAACUGUUAAUCACCCCCUCUUCUCAUCUCCAAAACCUUUGCUUGUCACUUUAUGCAGGUGUUUAAAUGUCACAAACUCUGUUAAUAAAAUAAUAUAUUAUGUAAUGAGAACAUUAGGCCAAAUCAGAUUUUUACAGUGGAAUGUUGGGAUAAUAAAGCAAAAAAUUAAAGUAAUUAGUUUAUGUGGAAUAGGACAUAUAGGGUAGUUGCAUCAGGAAUUACAUUGUUGUGUAAUAUUUAAUUAUUCUUUCUCUUUUGCCAUAUUUGAGACAUUAAUGGGUGAAUGUAAUUUGGAAUGAUUAUUUUUAAUUCACUGCUAGACUGAAGCAUGAAGGUGCAACUGUUAUGUGAUUUUUUUAGCUUUUUAAGCAAUAAUUUAUCCCCAGCUACAUUUUACAAGGAUAUUAAAAAGAUGCCAUUUGUGCUGUCUACAGCUGAUGCCAAACUUAUAUUUCCCAGUAUCCUCUAUGUAAUGUGAAUAUAAGUAGUUAACAUAUAGUCUAAUCUAAACAUUAAUCUUUUCAAGAACCACAGCUGUUGGAUCUGGCCCAAUGCACCUAAUACUGAAAAUGAUAAAGGAUUAUGGUUGUUAAUUGUCUAACAAACAAUAAAAAUGUACUUUUCAAAGAAAUAUAAAGGAUAUUAAAGAUUACCUUGCAGUUCUUCAGCCUGUAAAGGUUGUGCAGCUUCAUGUCCUUAAAUGAAGUACCCCAAGAGUAUUGCUGCAUGCUGCACUCUGAGUUAAGGUGUAGACCAUUUCCAGAAAACCUAACAAAUACAAUUUUUAGGUGAAUGGUGCAUAAAAAUGCACCCAACACCAGCUUAGAACUGGUUCACUGCACAGGAUUCCUGUGCCAGCCAAUAGUAAAGGGUGAAAAUCAGUCCAAGCUUCUACUACUAGUUGAAAAUGUAUAGAAUGUGAAAGAAAAGCAAUGUUUUAUUUUUCUUGUAAGUGGGGCCUAUUUACUUACACUUCUUUGAUUUUCUUGUGUUGAUGUGUUUCAUGAUGCUGCUGUUAAAUCAUAUAUCCUGUCACUUUUGAAAACAUGCAUUUUUUAGUUCAUAAUGUCACUAAUAAUAGAUGUCUAUUAUGAAACACGAGUUCCCAAAUUAAUCUUUCAGCAGAAUACAGUAUGAACAGUGGCAGUUUUAUUCAUGUCAUCUUCAAGCAGGUUUGUUUAGGCAAAAAAAGAUUAAAACAAUAACGAGUUAGUAUACAGAAGGAAAUGUUAAUGGAAACUAUACUCCCAGAAUUACUUAACCAACAGAUAUUUAUAUUAUGUUAAUUGACCUAUUAAAGAAUUUCACCAAACUGGAAUAUAUAAUCAGUAAUAUAUCAGUAAAUAUUGCCCUUUUACAUCCUUUCCCUUGAGCCACUAUUUAGUGAUGGGCUGUGUGCUCCCUACUGACCAGAAAUAAUGCAGCUGUAACUGUAACAAGAAGUAGUGUGGAAGAAAAAGGCAGAACUCUGUGCAUUAAUUGGCUGAUGGGGCCUAGCAUGUAUGUGUGCCUUGGCUUGUUUGUGUGCACUGUGAAUCCUAUGAUUCCAGGAGGUGGCCCUUAAUUCUUAAAAUGGCAUUUUUCUAUUUAGGAGUACCCAAUAGCACAUAUUACUAAAAAAAAA